GUGUGUGUGUGUGUGUGCGUGCACAGUUUGUGCUUUUGUCUCUUUAUGUCUACGCAGCGCAGUGAUUCUGCUUUAACUCUCUGGAUUCUAUGGCACCACCUGCAGCAGACAUCUGGAGUAGCAUCAGAUGCCAGUACAGGGUUUAUCUUCCAGACUGAUGGCCAACGCGAGUUAUAAUUAACACACCAAAUGUACGGUUGUGUUUUUGCUGAUCAGGAGUACAUUACUCUGCUGGCCUCAGUGUGGUUCAGGAUCACGUGUUAAACACUGACUUUAUUUGCUCCAGUGGAGUCCAAGCUUUUGGAUGUACACUGUUUAGUGUUGCUUAUUAAUUUACUCUAGUGCUGUGAAUAGACUUCAGGCCACAUCAUCCCAACACCUGUCCAGAGUACCACCUGUCCUGUAGUACCACCUGUCCAGAGUACCACCUGUCCUGGAGUACCACCUGUCCUGGAGUACCACCUGUCCAGAGUACCACCUGCCCUGUAGUACCACAUGUCCUGGAGUAACACCUGUCCAGAGUAACACCUGUCCUGGAGUACCACCUGCCCUGUAGUACCACAUGUCCUAGAGCAUCACCUGUCCUUGUGUUCCACCUGUCCAGCAUACCCCUGUCCUGGAGUAACACCUGUCCUGGAGUAACACCUGUCCUUGUGUACCAUCUGUCCAGAGUAACACCUGUCCUGGAGUACCACAUGUCCAGAGUAACACCUGUCCUGGAGUACCAGUUGUCCUAGAGCAUCACCUGUCCUUGUGUAACACCUGUCCAGCAUACCCCUGUCCUGGAGUACCACCUGUACUUGUACACCACCUGUCCUGGAGUAACACCUGUGCUAGAGUAACACCUGGCCAUAUGUACACCUGUCCUGCAUAUUUUAGUGAUUUUCUAUGCUCUAACACACCUGAUUCAAGUAAUCACAGGUAGAGCAGGGUAAACACUAAAACAUGAACAGGACACGGGGAAGGCCAGCUCCAGGACCAGGGUUGAGAACAGGAAGUUUGUACAGGAGACGCAAAGUGAAAUCCAGGAGUUUUUGAACAUGAUGCUCAGAAAAGCUGAAAGCUGAUGGAGCCAGUGAGAUGUCCAGCAGAUGGAGCCAGUGGAGGAUGAAAGCCACUUCUUCAGGAAACUGGGCUGCAGCGCUGCAGAAGGAGUCAAGGUGCUCUCCAUCUUCGGCAACACCGGCGACGGCAAAUCACACACACUCAACCACGUGCUGUUUGAUGGAGAAGAAGUGUUCGCCACGUCUCCCUCUCCCGCUUCAUGCACUGUCGGAGUGUGGGCCGCGUACGAGCCUCGUCUGGGCCUCAUCGUGCUGGACACAGAGGGCCUGCUCGGCGCAGCCACGCACCAGAACCAGAGAAUGCGCCUGCUGUUAAAAGUGCUGGCCGUGUCCGAUGCAGUCGUGUACCGCACGCGAGCCGAGCGCCUUCACAACGACAUGUUCCAUUUCUUAGGAAGUGCUUCAGCCGCGUAUCUGAAGUACUUCACGCCUCAGCUGCGUGCUCUGUCCAGCCGGUGCGGGCUCGACGUACCGCUCUCUAACCUCGGCCCGGCGGUGGUGGUGUUCCAGGAGACCUCGCGCACUCAGCUGCUGGGUCAAGACACCACAGUCCCGGCAGAUAUCGUGCUUCAGAAGCGUUUCCAUGACCUGGGCCUGAGCACUGAAGCCUUCAGCUCCGUGCAGUAUGUGGGCACGCAGACCGUCACACCUCCAACAGACUUCUCUCAGUUAAAGGAGACCAUCACAAAGCAGGUGAAGAGCACGGCGUCACGAGCCCCGCGCCAGCCGGACAUCGUCUUCAGCGCCCUGCAGGCCUUGAGUGAUCGGUUCUGUGGAGAAAUCUCAGAUGACAAAAUCAGCAUGUACUCCUUCUUUCCUGACGAGUACUUCACCUGCCCUUCUGUCUGCCUCAGCUGCAGCAUUCGUUGCAAGAACGGCAUGAAUCACCAGAAAGACAGAGUGCCACAUAUGGCAGAUGGAUUAUGCCAAUACGCUCAUCAGUACAACAACAAGGUUCUCAUAUGCAAGAAAUGCUAUGAGGGAGGAAGGGAAGUGAUUGUCGUGCCAAAAACCUCAGCCUCCACUGAUAACCCAUGGUUUGGUCUGGCAAAGUAUGCCUGGUCCGGGUAUGUGCUGGAGUGUCCGUACUGUGGCAUCAUCUACCGGAGCAGGCAGUACUGGAUGGGGAAUCAGGACCCCGAGAGCACCGUGGUGCGCACUGAAGUCAAGCACGUCUGGCAGGGGUCGGAAGCUUUCCAGGCAGACCAUCAGAACGCGGCUCAGCGAGUGCUCGAUGGGGUUAACUACGUCCUCCAGUCUGUGUCGGAGUACAGCUCCGGUCCCACCAAAGCAGUCACAGCCUGGAUCACAGAUCAGGUGGCCCCGCCGUAUUGGAGACCUAAUGCUGAAAUUACAGAAUGCCAUGGCUGUAAGCGAGUGUUCGAGGAGGCGGAGAGGAAGCACCACUGCCGUGCUUGCGGUGAGGGUUUCUGUCAGGCCUGCUCCACCCGCAGCAUGCCUGUGCCUGAGAGAGGCUGGGGCAGGAACCCGGUGCGAGUGUGUGACGCCUGCCACCAGCAAGGAGGAGCUCCACAAACCAUCAAGGUGGCGCAGACGGAGCCCAAGGCGCUUGUGGCCCGCAGGGUGACGGAGAUGGCGCAGUCUACGCUGGACAUGGUCUCCACUGCGGUCGACUACCCUCUCUGUUUCGUAAAGGGAGUGGCGCGACCUGAAUACUGGGUUCCAGACCACGAGAUCACUCAGUGUCACCAGUGUACCAAGGCGUUCAGCUCACGCGUGCCCAAGCACCACUGCCGCGCGUGUGGUCAGGGGGUGUGUGGUGGCUGCUCGGCUCAGUGCCGCCCCGUGCCCUCUCGCGGCUGGGACCAUCCGGUGAGGGUGUGCGAUGCCUGUGCCACUCAGUUAGACUCCCAGUGACUCCAGAGAUAACGACAAACUCAAACCCUGUGGCUCUGAAACACAAAGAGCGGUGGCAGAUUGUGCUCUCAGAAUCCCGGCAUUUUUCAGUGUAGUACACUCACAUUUUAUCUGAAGGCAUUAAACUAAAACAUCAGUCAGAAGAUGUACAUGAAUGCCACGCUGAGAGGCUGAAUUAAUCAGCAGCUUUUAAAUGCCUGUAGUUUGAUUUGCAAACAGUAGGGGAAAUCAUUUGGGACAGAUUUAUUUCCUGUAUUUUCCGAUAUUUUCCCCGUGUGUAUCGUCCUACAGCGCGGGCUGUGAUGUUUAUUACGCUCAUAACACUACAGGUUGUAGUUUAGCGUUCAUAAAGCAAAUUUUCAGGGGAAUCCAGGGGAGGAAAGUUCCCACUGUGAACAUGUAAUAAUGUUUAUUACAUGGUGGGUGUGGCACUUCAUAGCAACGUGUCACAUAGAGACUCUACUCACUAAAAUCAGGUACUAGCCUUUUACAACAAACAAUCUGCUAGUUUCUACACAAUGCAAACACAUCAACAAAUAAGAAGCAAAAAACAAAAUGCACUGAAUGCAGACCUGGCAGCCUUUUUUAUUAUGCAUUUUUACGCAGAAGCUCAGCAUUUUACUAUCAGAGUACGCUGCUACAAGUUCUCACUCAAAAAUACACAGAAGAGCAGUCUUCUUUCGUUCCUCCAAUACAGAAAUGAACAGACGAGCUAAUUGAAUUAUGAAUCUGGAAGGAUUGGUAGGUGCAAAAUGACCUGCCUAGCUAGAAGCCCCGCCCCCUUUCUCUCAUCUCACGCAACCUCACUUUCUUUCAAGGUAAAUGGAGAAUGUUCAUUAAUGUGACAUAACAUUUAAUCAGCGUAAUUUCACUCACAUUUGUCAAGUAUAUAGUUAACUAUUUAUUAGGGACUGCACCAAAAGUUUAGACAAGUGAUUACGCUUUAUUCCACUUCGCUGUUAGCAGGUCUGCUCAGAAAAUACCCAACAUUAAAACAGCUGAAAGUUAGCAGUCAGUGUUUUCCCAGAAAUCAGAGAAUAGGAUUCGAGACUUUGAGCAAAUUUAAUAUAGCGUUAUUCUUGCUGCUGUUGUUUACACUUUGCUGAAUACUAUUCUGUGAAUUCUCCGACAUUUUAUCAGAUUUACGGUGAAGAAAUGAAUAAAGUCAGAGCCCUUUGUGCGUUCAAGUUGGCGUGCUUGAUUACUACAGGAAAUUUUUUUUUAAACUUCAUUAUUGGUGCUUGAAUGUGUGUGAUACAGCAGCGGUCACCAGGCCCGCAAUUAAAACAGUACUGAAUUAUGCAAUGAUUACAAUAAGUACAAUUAAUAGAGCUGCCUUGCUUUUUUCUUUUAAAUAUGAGGUAUACGAGAUCACAGCCUGCUCCACCGGGAUCUCCUAUCAACAUCAUUUAGUGUCUUUAUUUCUAUUCUCAGCCAAUGACUUGGAAGCUCUCAUGCAUUUAAACAGUCAGUGAAUCUACCCUUUUUUAUUGAGCAUUUAAGGACUAGGGAGAGAACUUGUUAAUGACUGAUGAUCUGUAAUGCUUAUCAAAGUCAGUUUCUGUACUUCUCUCUGUAAGACUUCAGACUGUUUAAUGGACACACAGUCAGCUUCAGAAUUACUGGCACCUUUGGGAAAGAUGCCUUCGUGGUUAAUUAGCUUAACCUCAUCCUGAACAUACCUGUAUUUAAGCAAUAUCCCAUCAGCAAGGAUUUAAUUUUCUUAAAAUAAAUGUAUUCUAUUAAAAGGUUACACUUCUCUCAUGUUUGUGUAUGAAAAUAAGCGAAUUAACCACAAAGACAUUUUUUCAUGCCCCUUUUUAUCCCUCUAACAAGGGUGCCAAUAAUUCUGGCGCAGAUAUUGUUAAUUAGAAGGCAGCUGCUGACAUGGACACCACUGUAACUGGAAUUAAACCUCAGUGGAUGUAUAUGAGUGAAAUAAAGCACAUGUGAAGAUGAAUAUUGUACCUGUAGGUAGGAAGGGGCAGAGAUUCGGAUCACAAUCAACACACAAAACCAGGUGACGGUAGGAGAAGGCAAUAUGGCGGUAACAUCAUAUCACAGAACCUGAAGAUGCUGUAAUAAUGCUGUGCGUAUCAAGAUAUUUCAUUUCGCUGAGAUUUGCUUAACAGUUAGAACAGGAAAAGCAGGAGUGUUCUCAUAAAUAAUCAUAUUAUGAGAGUCCAGUUAUGCUAGGUUUUACACAAAUAAAGCAAAAAGUUCGUUUUGGUGUCCAAACAGCUACUUGAUUUUGUAGUUAAAAUAGGUUAAGGUAUUGAACAUAACAGCAGUAGUCUUAGAAAAGUGUAGUGUGAGAUCUGAUUUAUGCGACAGUGAUGCCACUACAUCAUAUUGCCCAUCCUGUGACAUGGCGUGUCUGUGUACGGUGGAUUUUGUUUCGAUGUUCAGAUCAUCUCCUGGAUCUAUAACGUGUGUCGAUUACAGGAUCAGCAGCUUGAGUGGAAGUUUGCAUUAAAUUUUUAAUGCACUCUAUGAAUUACAUUUAUGAUCUAGACUGUCAAUCUAUAUCUAUAUCGCACUUUAGCUAGUUAUUUAAUCUUCUUUUCUCAGCUGUGAAAAAUAGCGUGAUAGAAAUAUCAUAACCAUAAAUGCAUUGCACAUCGUGUGAAGCAAUCAUAUAAUGGAAAAAUAAUUAUAUAAAGCCAGUCAGUUACUCAGUUAGGCUUAGGACGGAUCAUCCUAUCUUAACCAGUUUAUUAACUGUGUGUAAUCGUCUGCUUUGUAGAGUCUCACACAGUUGUGGCAGAUUUGUUAAUGACCAACAUCGCACCAAAGUGACUGUAUUGUUCAAACGAAACAGCGCAGAAGUGCUCGAGUUCAUGAGAUGAGUGAUUUCACAAUGUUGGUAGACCUUGCCUUGUAAGAUGUGUGAUGUUUAAAAUGAUCUUCAUAUGGCUUACUCGUAGCACUUUAUUUGUUUAAGCAGUUUAUGAGGGAAUAUUUUUUAUAAUCUCUGGAUUUAAAAUUUUUUUUUUUUUGUUUCUGACCUGUGGACUGGAACAAAUCCUCCUGGAGUUUUAUGAAGUGAUUUAACCAAAAUAAUUCUGUUGGUCACAUAUUCAUUUUUAUAAUCCUGUUUUAACUUUGCAGAAUAUUAAAGAAUAUGAUGAAAUCAAAUAAGAUGACUUUUAAAACAUGUCUUUAUUUAUCUGGAGUAUCAUGUAGCCUGUUGUGUGUGUGUGUAUAUAUAUAUAUGUUUUUAAUCAUGUUUUGUCAGUAGAUGCUGUAUGUAAGGAAUAAAACACAAUGAGGUGUGC